CGAUUUUACAAAAUCGGGAGAGCCAAUCAGUCCGGAAGAUUCGCGUAGUGUGUUUGAGACUGUGCGACAUUUCGAUCGGGACGUGAGUGCGUUGUUCUGUACUUACAACUCAGUAGUGGUUUUGUGAACGAGCAAACGCUGUAAUUCUUUCCGGAAUCCUCGCAGUCUUCGCAGAGUUGCGAAAUCGGGGCACGUGUAGAUUUCUUCCGUCAUACGUCCAUUGCCUGUGGAUCGCUAGAUACCACCGAGGGGUGCUCUGUAGUAACCGCUACCGUUCCGUACCACUUUAUUGGUGCAUGAGUACGACCACGAAUACGGCGGCGGCCGCAGCCGCGGCGGCAACCGUGUCGAGUGCCGCGUUGGCGUUAAAACCGUCCGAAACGCCGCUAUGGGAAUUAAACGCCGAUGCCGUCGAAGCGUGGAUGAAGGAACGCGGGGUCCUGUGGCCCCACGUCUCUCACGCAGAUGAUACAUCCGACCCACACUCGAGCAAUCCAUCGAUACAGUUAGCCGCCGUCGCCACCGUCUUGUGGAAGAAUCUUUUGACCGCCUUUGACGCCCUGAGGAUUGUCCCGCAAGAAUUGACGACAGCAGACGACGAAGAGGAGGAGGACCGGAAGUUCAAGAAACGUAAACGUCAACGGUUUCUACUCCACGAUCCGUACCACGUCUGGAUACACGUUUUGACGUCCGAGCAGCGACAUCUCGACCCGGUGGAAUGGAACCAGGAUGAACAAGACGAGAUUCCCACGACUCUGGGUGGAAAGUUGGCGCAGUUGAGUUUGGGCGGUCUCGUCAACGGUCUCGCUGGUCUUGCCCAGAAUCCGCCACUCCUGGACCAACCCACGCCACUGGCGUCCAAAUUGGCGAAACUCGAUCCCGCACUCAUGCCCACGGCGAGCAACUUGUCCCUGAUUGAUUUGUAUCGGAACAUGGCACUCCCGUUGUACCGCGCACUGCAAGUAAGGGUACACGGAGAUAUUCUGACCACCACUCCGCUCCGGAUACAGCAUAUGCUGGCGCCCGAUUUGACGCGCGCCGAAUUCCAAACGGUCCGCAAGCGCAUUUACGAAACCGUCAUUCUCGGCAAGGGCAUGCACGUGAACGAGGACGAUACGGACCCGACACUGGCCACGGGCAACUCGUCACAAGUGCACGACGUGGAAAAGUUCAAACGCUGUCCAACCUGCGGUAACAACGAUCAGGCGAAUUUCAUCCUCGAUCGUAAGAAUGGCGACGUGAUUUGUCAAGUCUGUGGUACGGUCGUCUCGGAAUCGCUCAUGCACGAAGGAUCACAAUUUCGCAAAUUUGAAGGGGAAGUGGACCGGAAUCAUCACGGGGAUAUGGCCAAUCCAUUAUACUCCAACGCGCACAAUCUAAGUACGACACUCGGUGGUCUGACGCAAACGACCGGUGCGGGCGGGGCCGGCUGGGGGGCCAACGGCGUGGCGGGUGGGGGCGCUGGGAAGAAAAAUCUCGAAACCAUUCUCCGCAACGCUCACGCGUAUACCGAACUCAACGUUUCGCAAUUCGGCAAAACGGACCGGCGGACGCGUGUCGGCUAUAAGGACAAGCAAAAGAAAGACGCGUUUUUGCAAAUGACCCACGUGGGGGAUGCCUUGAAUCUGCACGAAGCCGUCGUUCAGCGGGCCAAGGAAUUGUUUGCCGGCUUUCGUGACGACCGUGAACUCGUUCAACAGUUUAAACCCGUCAUUGCGGCAUGCCUCUGCGAAGCCUUUGAACAGCUUAGUUCGCAAGGACAGAAAAUUUUGAAACAACAAGCUGACGAGAUUUCUCCAGAAGUUGCCGAAGAGCGUGAACGACAACAAGCGGCAAUGAAGCAGUCCAAACGCGCCACACGACGCAAUGAAUUGCAUCAUGCCACGCUAGCAGGCAAAGGCGGUUUGUUGCUAGAUUUUUCCAAUGUGGAACCCACAAAAGCAGCCGAGAUACCAUCAUCCGUAGCCGUUGAGAAGCCCGCCGCCACGUGGGAUUUGGAAGACUGCAGGUCUUGGUUGCUAGAGGCCUCCCGCAGUAUAGCUCAGCAGUGGGUUCAGGAACGGGAAAAGGCUACGAAUGCUGCCGCGGCCAAAAUCGUUCCACAGGGCAGCUUGGAAGAGCUAGAAGGCGGUUUGGUGGAACACUCCAUUGUUCUGUGUGAACAUUUGGAGCAGGAACUACAACGCCGCAACACUGUAGACACGGGAUCCAAGCGCCUAGUAACUCCUCGGGUUCAGGAUAUGUCCAAGCUGGGCAUUCGAUGGCAGCAUUCCCACGAACGAGGCUCGGGAGGGAAGGGCGGUGUUGGUGGAUCAGGUCAAGCAGCGAUUUCAAGUGGACGAACAGCCGGGCAAGUUCUCAUUCUCAAAACAGCGAAAAAGUUGGGGUCCGUGUUAAAGGAUCCGGUAGCAGGCGAAGCAAUUCAUAGAGAAUUACGCGGUGUUGUUGGCCGACAGGAAGCAAAAAAGCUCAAAGAGAGACGGGAAGAAGCGUCGAGACAGCGAUUGCAGCAAAUGAAGCGCAAACCUUGGUUACAAGCCAAAGCGCAGGCUGUUGAUUCAUAGGACUGGCUUCUUCCCACGAUGUCGGA